AUGCGCUCGCACAGCACCGUGAAGCCCUUCAAGUGCGAGGCGUGUGGGAAGGGCUUCAAGCGCUCCUGCCACCUCGUGGAGCACGAACGCAUCCACCGAGGCGUGAAGCCACACCACUGCAAGGAAUGCGGGAAGGACUUCACCUGCCUCUCCAACCUCAAGCGGCACCUGCAGACCCACAGCGGCCAGCGGCCCUUCGAGUGCCCCGAGUGCGGGAAAAGCUUCAUCCAGGCCUCAAAUCUCAGCUAUCACCUGAAAAUGCACAGGGACCAGUGGCCUCACUGGUGCCCCAAAUGUAGCUGUCGCUUCCGGAUCACCGCUCAGCUAAGGGAUCACCUGCGGACGCACAGCGGUGACAAACCCUACCUGUGCGCGGAGUGCGGGAGAACCUACUUUCGGGCCUCUAGCUUCAGCACCCACAUGAAAACGCAUGAUGAAGAGAGACUCCAGAACUGA